ACGGGGAAUGUUAAUACGUUAAGUAGGUGGCAGACAGGCCACAUGGGCCACACGACUAUUUCCUGCCGUUACUCCGACGUUUCCCCGCAGCGUAAUUGAAGGUGGCGUCUUUUGACGCCUCUGGCCCUGCGUCCGCGGAGGACUUUGGGACGUGCGACGUGACCCGCCCAUCCGCCAAGCGGACGUCGGCUGCCAUGGCGACGCUGCUGCGCAGGGCGCUGUGCCCUCUUGGACGGCUCCGGAGUCGUCCCGGACCAGCUACAGAUGCGCCCCUCCGGGCCGUCAGCCAUGGCGCCGGCCUGCUGUACCCAGACCACAUCCCCACCUCCCGGUUGCAGAAGGCGCUGCUGGCUGCGGGCUCGGCGGGAAUGGCGCUCUACGACCCUUACCGCCACGACAUGGUUGCAGUUCUAGGGGAAACUACAGGAUGCCGUACCCUGAAGGUUCUCAGGGACCAGAUGAGGAGGGAUCCAGAGGGUGCUCAGAUCCUACAGGAGCGUCCCCGGAUCUCACUGUCUACUCUAGACCUGGGCAGGCUCCGGAGCCUGCCUGAAGGCUCCCUCGGCCGUGAAUAUCUCCGGUUCUUAGAUAUGAAUAGGGUCUCCCCAGACACCCGAGCACCCACCCGCUUCGUGGAUGAUGAGGAGCUGGCGUACGUGAUCCAGCGGUACCGGGAGGUACAUGACAUGCUCCACACACUUCUGGGCAUGCCCACCAACAUCUUAGGGGAGAUCGUGGUGAAAUGGUUUGAGGCUGUGCAGACAGGCCUGCCCAUGUGCAUCUUGGGUGCCCUCUUCGGCCCGAUCCGCCUCAGUACUCAGAGCCUGCAAGUACUGGUCUCGGAGCUGAUCCCAUGGGCAAUUCAGAAUGGACGCAGGUCCCCCUGUGUCCUCAACCUAUACUACGAGCGGCGCUGGGAGCAGCCCCUGCAGGCCCUACGGGAGGAGCUGAGCAUCACACCACCGCCCCUACAGGUGCAGAGACAGGCCUAGCCUGAGCUAUGGUACCAGGAGGGCUGAGCCUGCCUCUGUGUGCCCUGCCCCCCUUGGGGUACAAGGGCCUCUGCCACUGCCUUUGUACUUUCUCUGAACGCUGACCUUUGGACAUCAUUGAACAUAAUUGUCAUAGUCAUUGCUAUGUGGCCUGGAGGGCCAGCCUUGGAGGGAAUGGACAAGGAAGUGGGGCUCCCAGGGGAGCUGGGAGCUGUCCACAGACAGCCACAGGUGUACAAGGAUGGGCUACCAAAGCUUACACUGGAAUGUUCAUGUCCUAAGCUUCUAUCUGAGACUCCUCCCUGGCAGUCAGGUUUUUCUUUGGGCCAGGUGGCCUGUCCUCAAAGGAGCAAGGGCUGCACCCAGGUCCAAAGGCUGGAGAAGAGCUGGCCAGAGAGAAGAUAAGUCUGCUAUCUGAAUAAAAGCUUCCAUCAACUCAA